AGUGGCCCCACAAACUGUCCAAGGCGCAGGACUGUCGUCCACAUUUUCAGUUCUCAGCAGGUUCUCCAGCUGUUGGUCCGGAGUCAGUGAGCUCCCAAUAGCUCGGGUGAGCUGUUUCUUUUGUUACUGAUUUCUAAGUACUGUUUGUAAGCCCCGCUGUCAGAGGCACUGCACACACACAGUACAGACGAGCUGAAGACAAGGCUGUCCGAAUUUCCAGCUUUAUGUUUCCCGAGUGGGAACCAAUGUUACUGCGUUUUAUGGAAGGAAUUGAGCUGUGAGUGCCGGUCAGCCUGCACUCCGUGGAUUUGUGCAGAAGUUGAGCACACCUGCUGCGCCGAGAGGACGAUAGGCAGCCUCCCGCCUGGAGAUGCCAGCAGCACCGCACGAGAACCCUAAAGCCACCAGCAUGGUGAGACGGGCGGGGCUCGCGAGAGGAAGUGUGGCGGCGCGCGGCAUUCUGGGCCCGGAAGUGAGACGCACGCUGCUUUGACCAACAUGGCUACGUCGCGCGCUCCCAAGAGGCGACUUGCGGAGCUGACGGUAGACGAGUUCUUGGCCUCUGGCUUUGAGUCCGAGUCCGAGUCGGAGGCGGAGGACGUCAGGGAAGUUGCGGCGCGGGAGACGAAAAGGCGAGGAGUCCUCCCUACCCGGGAGCAGCAGGACACGCGCACCCCAUCCAGCCCACAUAAGGGGUGUGCUUCUGAACACAAAGAUCAGCUCUCUCGACUGAAGGACAGAGACCCUGAGUUCUACAAGUUCCUGCAGGAGAAUGACCGGAGUCUACUGGAUUUCAAUGAUUCAGACAGUUCUGAGGAGGAGGAAGAGCAAUUCCAUUCCCUGCCAGACAUGCUGGAGGAAGCAAGUGAGACUGAGGAGGAUGAAGAGGACGGUGCCACAGCCCCCAGAGAACUGCAAAGGAAGAAGAAUGAGCCUAUACCUGUGACCCUUGCAAUGGUGGAGAGAUGGAAGCAAGGGGCCAUGCACCACCUUACUCCCAAGCUGUUCCAUGAAGUUGUGCAGGCAUUCCGAGCAGCUGUAGCCACCACCCAAGGAGAGCAGGAAGCUACUGAGAUUUGCAGGUUCCAGGUCACAGAUAGUGCUGUGUUCAACGCUCUGGUUACUUUCUGCAUUAGAGACCUCUUUGGUUGCCUUCAGAAGCUGCUGUUUGGAAAGGCACCAAAGGAUAGCAGCAGGAUGCCGCUGCCAUCUAGUAGCCCACUCUGGGGGAAGCUCCGUGUGGAUGUCAAAACAUACCUGAGUGCAGUUGUACAGCUGGUAGCCUGUUUGACUGAAGCCACGGUGUCUGCAGCUGUCCUGCAGCAUGUCAGCAGCUUGGUUCCUUACUACCUGACUUUCCCUAAGCAGUGCCGAAUGUUACUCAAGAGGAUGGUGGUUCUGUGGAGCACGGGUGAAGAAUCUCUGCGGGUCCUGGCCUUCCUGGUGCUCAUUAGAGUUUGCCGGCACAAGAAGGAAUCCUUCCUUGGUCCCAUCCUGAAGCAAAUGUACAUCAUGUAUGUGAGAAACUGCAAGUUUACCUCUCCCAGUACCCUGCCCCUCAUAAGCUUCAUGCAGCGGACACUGACCGAACUGCUUGCCUUGGACCCCAGCGUCUCCUAUCAACACGCCUUUCUUUACAUUCGUCAGCUUGCAGUCCACUUGCGUAAUGCCAUGACCACAGGCAAGAAGGAGACAUACCAGUCUGUAUACAACUGGCAAUAUGUGCACUGCCUCUACUUAUGGUGCCGAGUCCUGAGUACCCUUGGUUCCAGCGAGGUUCUACAGCCCCUAAUCUACCCUCUCUCACAGAUCAUCAUUGGCUGCAUCAAGUUGUUGCCCACUGCCCGUUUUUAUCCAUUGCGUAUGCAUUGUGUGCGUGCCCUGACGCUGCUGUCCCAGACCAUCGGCACCUUUAUCCCUGUUCUGCCCUUCAUUCUCGAGAUUUUCCAGCAGGUGGACUUCAAUAGGCGUCCAGGCCGCAUGAGCUCCAAGCCCAUCAACUUCUCUGUGAUCUUGAAAUUGUCCAAUACCAACCUGCAGGAGAAGGCAUACCGGGAUGGCCUUCUGGAGCAGCUAUAUGACCUUAUCCUGGAAUAUCUGCACAGCCAGGCCCAUUGCAUUGCCUUCCCAGAGUUGGUGCUGCCCACUGUCCUACAGCUGAAAUCUUUUCUCCGGGAGUGCAAAGUAGCUAACUACUGCCGGCAGGUGCGCCAGCUGCUGGAGAAGGUGCAAGAGAACGCAGAACAUAUCCGAAGCCUUCGCCAGAGAGUGACCUUCAGUGUUUCUGACCAGCUGGCAGUGGAUGCUUGGGAGAAGCAGGCCCGUGAAGAGGGGACCCCUCUCACCAGGUACUACAGCCACUGGAGGAAGCUGAGGGACCGUGAGAUCCAGUUGGAGAUCAGUGGCAAAGAACGGCUAGAAGACCUGAACUUCCCAGAGAUCAAGAGGCGGAAAGUGGAAGACAGGAAGGAUGAAGACAGGAAGGAAUUAAAAGACCUGUUUGACUUGGACAGUUCUGAGGGAGAGGACAGCACAGACUUCUCUCAGAGAGGAAUACCCGGGCUCCUGGGAGCCCACCAAGGAGUGGAAGAGGAAGACCAGGAGGAAGAUGAUGAAGAAUUGGGUGCCAGCAACUCAGAGGAUGGAGACCCGGACACAGGGGUGGACCCAAGUGAACUGUGGCAGCUGGCUCAGGGACCACAGGAUGAGCUGGAGGAUCUUCAGCUCUCGGAAGAGGACUGAGGGCCUCCGACAAGUCUUGGAGGCUUGAGGCCAACAAUUGUGCAGCAAGAGGGCAGUAGACAGGGCUUUACUGUUACAGCAUAACAGAACAAGUGUACUAAAGCCAUUUAGACCCUGAAAGGGAACUGGUUCUGCAUAACCUUCUGUUGUCCCAGCAGGAGGCUGACCCUGACCUGCAGAGUAGUCCCAGUUCAGACGGGGUUGAGGGGAGAGGCUCCAUGGCCUCUCCACUUUAUCUGUCUUUGGUUUGUCUGCAGACCUCUACAGUUACUCCUAGAAGGUCUUUGUAAAUUCAUUACUUUCUUCUUAAUCCACAUGUUUUCCUUUUAAAAUA